UCCUCGUCCUGCAGGCUGGUGCGGGAGGUGACGGGGGUGAACGUCAACAUGCGGGUGGGGAUCCACAGCGGCAGGGUGCACUGCGGGGUGCUGGGGCUCAGGAAGUGGCAGUUCGACGUGUGGUCCAACGACGUGACGCUGGCCAAUCACAUGGAGGCUGGCGGGCAGGCUGGGCGUAUCCACAUCACCAAGGCCACCCUGAACUACCUGAACGGGGACUACGACGUGGAGGCCGGCACGGGGGGGGAUCGCAACCCCUACCUGAAGAAGAACAACAUAGAGACCUACCUCAUCGUGGGCUGCAGCCAGAAACGGAAAGAGGAGAAGGCCAUGAUCGCCAAAAUGAACCGGCAGCGUACCAACUCGGUGACCCACAACACGGGCCACUGGACGGACCGGCCCUUCUACAACCACCUGGGGGGAAACCAGAUCUCCAAGGAGAUGAAGAGGAUGGGCUUUGAAGACCCCAAGGACAAGAACACGCAGGAGAACCUGAACCCGGAGGACGAGGUGGACGAGUUCCUGGGCCGCGCCAUCGACGCCCGCAGCAUCGACCGCCUGCGCUCGGAGCACGUCAAGAAGUUCCUGCUCACCUUCCGCGAGCCCGACCUGGAGAAGAAGUACUCUAAGCAGGUGGACUCCAGGUUCGGUGCCUACGUUGCCUGUGCCUCCCUCGUCUUCCUCUUCAUCUGCCUCAUCCAGAUCGUCAUCGUACCGCACUCCAGUGUGAUGCUGGGUUUCUUCAUCACCUGUCUGAUAAUCCUGAUGGGUGUCAUGUUCGUGUCAGCUGUCUACUCCUGCUUCGGGAUGUUCCCAGGGGCUCUGCAGAACCUGUCUAAGAGGAUCGUCCAGUCCCGGCUCAACAGCACGCUGGUGGGCGUCUUUACCAUCGUCAUCGUCUUUCUGUCCGCCUUCGUCAACAUCUUCACUUGCAGCAGCCGGGACCUGCGGGCCUGCAUCAGCUCGGAGCUCAACAUGAGCCUGUCCAGCAUCAACGCCUGCCACGCCCUCAUCCUCAACGUCACCUUCGACUCCCACCCCGACCUCUGCCAGGACCUCUCGCCCAUCUGCAGCUUCCCAGAGUACUUCUCGUCCUGCGUGCUGCUGAGUCUGCUGGCGUGCUCAGUAUUCCUGCAGGUGAGCAGCAUUGGCAAGCUCUUCCUCAUGCUCUUCAUCGAGCUCCUCUACCUCCUGGUCAUGGAGAUCCCCGAGGCCAGCCUCUUCGACAACCAGGACCUCCUUGUCAUGGCCAGCGGCAUUAAGAUCAUCAACGGAACAAGCUGUAGAGUGGACACCAAGGUUCCCCUGAAGAUCAUGACCCCGGUGGUCAUCACGGUCUUCGUCCUGGCGCUCUACCUCCACGCCCAGCAGGUCGAGUCCACAGCCAGGCUGGACUUCCUCUGGAAGCUACAGGCGACGGAGGAGAAGGAGGAGAUGGAGGAGCUGCAGGCGUACAACCGCCGGCUGUUGCACAACAUCCUGCCCAAGGACGUGGCGGCCCACUUCCUGCAGCGGGAGCGGCGCAACGACGAGCUCUACUACCAGUCGUGCGAGUGCGUGGCCGUCAUGUUCGCCUCCAUCAGCAACUUCUCCGAGUUCUACGUGGAGCUGGAGGCCAACAACGAGGGCGUGGAGUGCCUCCGGCUGCUCAACGAGAUCAUCGCCGACUUCGACGAGAUCAUCAGCGAGGACCAGUUCCGCCAGCUGGAGAAGAUCAAGACCAUCGGCUCCACCUACAUGGCGGCCUCGGGCCUCAACGACUCCACCUACGACAAGGUGGGGCGCACGCACAUCCGCGCUCUGGCGGACUACGCCAUGCGCAUGAUGGACCAGAUGAAGUACAUCAACGAGCACUCCUUCAACAACUUCAAGAUGAAGAUCGGGCUCAACAUCGGGCCGGUGGUGGCGGGCGUGAUCGGUGCCCGGAAGCCCCAGUACGACAUCUGGGGGAACACGGUGAACGUGGCCAGUCGCAUGGACAGCACCGGCGUGCCUGAGAGGAUCCAGGUGACAACCGACCUCUACCAGGUCCUGAGCUCCUAUAACUACACGCUGGAGUACCGGGGCGUGGUGACGGUCAAGGGGAAAGGGGAGAUGAUGACCUACUUUCUAACCGCCGGACCCCCAAGCAGUUAACACCCACUCACCCAGGGGACCCCCAUGAACACUGGGUGGGGCCCGAGGGGGGAGCUGAGGCGGACUUCUGGGUCUGAACGACGGGCGUUUUUUCACAAACGUGGCGACGUCGGGACGAGCCUCGGGCCUCUGUGGACUCCCGGUGGUCUCUUGGUUUUCCCGUUCUGAGAUUCAUGGCGUUGAACGCUCGUGAGGCUCUUGGCGCCUGCGGAGAAGGAGCAAGGAGUCCGCCCCAGGACGGAUCUAAAGCAAGGACCCAAAGACGCAGGGCCAGACUCGAGGAGACUGGAGGGUACUUGAUGGCCGUGGGGGAGGGGGGGGGUCCGCCGUGGUGCUUGGGGCGUGGUCUUCGGCGCGCUCCGCCACGCCGUACCUCAUUCUGCGGUCACGCGCUGGGAUCUGAAUUCGGCUCCCAAUCCACCAGCUCUUUCUUUGGACACUUUGCCAAAGGAUUAACUGAAGUGUUUAAAAGCAAAAACAAACAAAGCAAGUCUAUUCUCUAUUUUUAUUCUCUCUCGCUUGCGCUGUCUCUCUCACUCUCUCUGUAUUUCUCUCUCUCCUGUGCCCUGAAAUAUAUUUACGUGUGCAACGCACUGUUUUAUGGGUGUGUACGGAGAAAGUACAAUCAAUGUGAAGACCAACAUCGUUUGUUGUCGUACAUAUACCGGUUUCAGGGGUUGGUGGUUUUGGUCAGGACAGGAGGAGGGCACUCACCAGCACUAAGAAAGCUUUUACUGGAUAUGACAAUGAACGGAAGUGACAAUGAAGAUGUAGUUUGACGUCGACAGGUUGUUGAGACACUGGGCAAGGUGGGUGUGUGGAGAAAUUGGUUCCUCAAUGAAGAGAAGGAAAGGAGGGAGGUUGUCACGUUUUACAGAGCGCAUAUGGUCAGACAGGUAUAAAAAUACAGACACACACUGGUCAGACACAAUCACGCACACACACACACACACAAGCCACACGCUUUAACUGAAGACCACUUUUCAAAUAAGGAUGUCAACAAAAAGCUUUUGUAAAACCGAUCUUUGAAGAAAAAAAAACAUCAUACACUACGGGAAAUUACAGAUUCUAUAUUUUGUAAAUUAAUAUAUGAGAGAGCAAUCUAUGAACACCAACGUGUAUUUGGAUGUACAUAAGAGUUACCCACACUGCACACCACUAGCGAUGGACAUGGGCUGUCACCGCGUUGACUUUAUAUUGCCAUAUUUCAUUGCCUUUUUUAAUUUGAUUUCAUUCUAUCUGCCUUUUUUUUGUUUGUUUAUCAUGUUCACAUCGGGGGAGUUGCAUAAGUUCACAGUUCAUGGCUUUGGCAGAGGGGCAAACACACACACUACUCUUCUCAUCGCUGUGGGGGAAAAAACUGUUUCCCUGGAAAAGGGCGUUUCCCGGGGUGCUUUCAUGUGGUUAUGUCCCCCUCCCCGUCUAUUAAUAUUUGAUCCCUGAUGAGAAUGCGUCCGGUACGACGAGAACUCGCCUAAACUGUCUAGAGCGCUCACAGUGCUGCUCAACAACCUUCAGCUCCCCCCCCCCCCCCCCCCCAUACCCCCCUGCUAGUUCAAUCAGAUGGUACGACCCAAUGAAUGUCCCAUGAUCUCCGAAUGAGGCCUUUGUAAACAAAACGAAAAAACACAGGAAGUGAUGCGUGAACUAAAUCGCAGACGGCAGCUGAUGUUCUCCCGUUGGUUAGAGAUGCGUGGUGAGAACCCGUGGUACCUUCAGUGUGACCUUUGUGGGGGUCCGCCCACCGUGUUUGGUCCUGUGAAACCUGUUUGCUUUAGCCGCACAGCAGUUCUCCAGUGCUAGCGAGCUGGACUGCCGUGAUGUCUCCUGCUGGCACAUGUAUGCUACCUGACCCCCUUCCAAGUCUCUUGUAUUUUCUCUAAGGUCAUCACCAUUCUUCUAAGCUACGGAGCAAUCCAGUCGUGUUAAACAUUUGCCCGGUGUUUAUUAUUAUUUUUUAUCCAGUGAAGAGGUGUCUAUUUAUAAUAUCAGUUGGAAAUUCUGUUAUGGAAAUCCUCCACAAUAGGAUUAAUUUAUAAUGCCUUUAUUUUUUUCGUCAUAAAGUCAUGGAAAUGGAACAGCCGUUAUUCUUCAAACAUCACAGAAGUGGAGAGCAGCUGUGUUUUAUUAAUUUUGACAAUGUUUGGCAUCAGAAUUGUCCUCAAAGCUAAGAAACAAACUUUAAAAGUGUCCUCCUGUGAGGAACCAAAGAGAUUGCACUGGAUUCUGCUGCUCUCCACGGCCGUGACUGAACCCCUCCACUGCAAUAAUCCUGCCUGCACAUCCAUACAACAUACUCUGUUUAAUGUCGCUUACAUCUUCUUUCCUGGUAUCUGCUCAUGUGGUUUUCAUUUUCGUUUCAUUAUAAAUGGGUGGAUGCGUCGAACACAUGGUAAUAAAGAUAAUGUGCUGUUGAUCCAGAUUAAGCUUUGGAACCCAAAUCAAGAACAGGUGGGCAAUGGGGUUGGAGCGAAGGUGCCUAUGUUGAGUGGAGGUUUUGCAUUCAAGUAAACACAAACGCCUUAGCCUCUCUCGCUACAUGGAAGGAUCUACUUCAUUUGGAUUUGGUUCGAUGAAGAAUUGAGUCUAUGACUUCAAAGAUGAACUAUGGCUUGAUUUUGUUUUUUUGUUUGUUACAUUCCAAUAAACUGCAAAAAUGUUUUCACACUUGA